GGGGUAUUUAAAGGGCCUGGGAGGGGAGAGAGAGUGAGGAGUGAUCAUGGCUACCUCAGAGCUGAGCUGUGAGGUGUCCGAGGAGAACUGUGAGCGCCGGGAGGCCUUCUGGGCAGAAUGGAAGGAUCUGACACUGUCCACACGGCCCGAGGAGGGCUGCUCCCUGCAUGAGGAGGACACCCAGAGACAUGAGACCUACCACCAGCAGGGGCAGUGCCAGGUGCUGGUGCAGCGCUCGCCCUGGCUGGUGAUGCGGAUGGGCAUCCUCGGCCGUGGGCUGCAGGAGUACCAGCUGCCCUACCAGCGGGUACUGCCGCUGCCCAUCUUCACCCCUGCCAAGAUGGGCGCCACCAAGGAGGAGCGCGAGGACACCCCCAUCCAGCUUCAGGAGCUGCUGGCGCUGGAGACAGCCCUGGGUGGCCAGUGUGUGGACCGCCAGGAGGUGGCUGAGAUCACAAAGCAGCUGCCCCCUGUGGUGCCUGUCAGCAAGCCCGGUGCCCUUCAUCGCUCCCUGUCCCGCUCCAUGUCCCAGGAAGCACAGAGAGGCUGAGAGGGACUGUGACUUGGGCUCCGCUGUGCCCGCCCUGGGCUGGGCCCUUCCUGGCUAGGACUGUGGAGGGGAGCUGCUGGCCAUGGCUGCUUUGUAGUUUGCCCAGAGUUGGGGGCUAGGGGAGGAGGGAGCCAGAGGCCAGGAUGCCUGAGCCCCCUGAGUUCCCAAAGGGAGGGUGGCAGAGACAGUGGGCACUAAGGGUGGAGAGUUGGGGGCCAGCACAGCUGAGGACCCUCAGCCCCAGGAGAAGGGACAGAAGGUACUGGUGAGGGCAAGAGGUGCCUGGGAGGAGUGGCCCUGAUCCAGGAAAAUGUGAAGGGAAUCUGGAACGCUCUAGGCAGAAGAAGCUGGGAGGGAGGAGGAGGUGAAAAGGGCAGAGGCAAGGAUGGUGGGGCCCCCAGCACCCUCUGUUAGUGCCGCAAUAAAUGCUCAAUCAUG